AUGAACAUCAGCAAAUCUAUUCUCAGCAUUACUUCCCCAGGUACAUACCUAGUUCCCAACGACACGGAUCUCAACAUCAAAAUCACCACCGAGACCAAUGACGAACUCGCAGCUAUCUGCCAACAACAUCCUGAUCGAUUUAAAUUCUUUGCCUCACUACCUCUUCCCGGGCUUGACGAGUCCGUGGCAGAAAUCGAUCGAGCAUUGGACCAAAUCGGUGCCGUGGGAUUUACAAUCAUGUCUAACUCGGCCGGCGUGUAUCCUGGAGACAAGAAAUUCAAGUCGGUCUGGGACAAAUUGAAUGAAAGAAACGCCAUUGUCUUGUUGCAUCCGACCUCGUGCCAUCUUUGCGAUGGGCAUGGCCACGCAGAAAGCUCAAAGCCACCGUCCGCAAGACCCACUCCAGCAAUUCUCGAACACAGUCCUAUCCCUGGCUUUCCAAACCCUAUGCUGGAAUUCCCUUUCGAGACGACCAGGGCAAUGGUAUCGUUGAUUCUCUCCGGCACACUUCAACGAUGCUCCAAUGUGAAAGUGAUCAUCCCACACGCCGGGGCCGUGAUACCGCCUCUGAUUGCGCGCUUCGCAACAUUCUCAACUUUGAUGGCGCGAUUCCCUGGCUCGAGCGUGGUCGCAGUGUCCAUCCCCGAAGUUAAAGCCAUUCUCAACAGACAGUGUUUCUUUGAUCUGGCGGGCAUGCCGUUUCCUGAUCAAAUUGGAGGGUUGUUGGGAGUGGUGCCGAACAAAGAACGGAUAUUAUUCGGGACCGAUUUUCCCUAUACCCCGCCGGAUAGCUUGUUGGCUGCACAGAAGAUGGUUGAUGGAGCGAUGAUGGCGUUGUUUGGGGAAAAUACAGGCAAGAUUUUGAUGACGAAUAUUGCACAGGUCAUUCCAAUCAGCAAGUUGUAA